AUGUCCAUCCCUGCAUUUGAUUCCACCACCUACUCCAUCUACACCCAAUCACCCAAUCCAUCCUGGACGUAUGGUCAGAGAGUCGACACCACUCCUGCUGGCAAAGACUGGAUUGCAGGCGAAUCUGCAGGGUGGAAAGUUUAUAACACAUCAGAAACGGACAAGAUCGAGUUGUACAAGCUCUUGCUUUCAGGUAUCGUACCAUGCCCCAUCGCAUGCGUGUCCACAAUCAGCGAGGAUGGCGUCGAGAACCUGGCACCGUUCAGUUGGUUUAACACAGUCACGAACUACCCGCCUGUCAUCUCAUUCGCAAUCAACAACAACCCUGCGGCGGGCCGCCUUAAAGACACGGUAACGAACGUGAAGAACGGCCAAGGAUUCACCGUGAACAUCAUCAGCGAGGCAUUCGUCGAGAAUGCAAAUGCAACUGCUAUAAACGCUCCUCCCGGCUUCGACGAGUGGACUCUCAGUGGUUUGACAAAGGAGAAAUGCGUGCAAGUAAAAGCCUCCCGCAUCAAGGAAAGCGCCUUUAGCAUGGAAUGCGAGCUCUACCAAUCAAUAGAUAUCACUCACCCAGUCACAGGCGAGCACACCGGCACGCUCAUCCUCGCGCACGUCAAGUACAUCCACGCCCGCAAAGACGUGCUCACAGACAAAGGUGUCAUCGACCUCGCAAAGUUCAAGCCCGUCGCGUGUUUGGGAGACAUCUCGUAUGCCCGGGUUGGAGAUGCAUACAGGAUCGCCCGUCCAUCAUGGGCGCAGGAGGAGGCGAAGAUACAGGAAGCGUUGACGACUCGUGCGUCUCUGUGA